AUGGAUGCGGCAAGAUCCUCCAGUUCCAGCCGUCAUUUUGUUUCCGGUCUAGGUUCCGGUAUAUCCACUGCUAUCAUACUCCAGCCUCUCGAUCUUCUCAAGACAAGAGUGCAGCAGUCAGGUCAAGCGUCUUUGUACAGCUCAUGGCUAGAGCUACGUCAAUCUCCUAACCAGCUUCGCUCUCUGUGGAGAGGCACCCUUCCUUCGGCCCUUCGCACAGGAUUUGGUUCUGCACUAUAUUUCUCGACACUCAACGCCAUCCGUCAAUAUGUAGCGCAGUCUGGGUCUGGCCAAGGCAGUAUGGCUAGCUCCACAGCAUUACCCAAGCUAUCGAACACGACAAAUCUGCUCUCGGGGGCUGUGGCGCGAACUUGGGCAGGCUUCGUUCUCAUGCCUUUAACUGUCAUCAAAGUGCGGUUCGAAUCCAACUUGUACUCCUACCCCUCUCUUUUCAAUGCGGCCAUGGAUAUUCAACGACGGGAGGGCUUUCGCGGCUUCUUUUCUGGCCUUGGUGCUACCGCAAUUCGCGAUGCGCCGUACGCUGGCCUAUAUGUGCUCUUCUACGAAAAGUUGAAAUCUCAUCUCGGGUCUCUUGCCGAGACUGACUUAGACUCGGAUACCAAAACUGUCAUGGGCACUCCCUUAGCAAGCUCCAUCAAUUUCAGCUCUGCGAUCUUGGCUGGAGCAGUCUACGCAUGGGACGCAAAGCCCUUAGCUCCGCUCUAG